AUGUCAGCAUACCCGAACACGGCUACCUUAUCGCACUCCGCUGUUCCCACUGCCAUCAUUCACCUCUCAUGGAGCUCUGUGGAGCAAUUGGCCGAUACGGAAAUGAUCACUAACAUUCGGCAGGGCAUCUCAGCCUCCCUCUCAACAACCGCCCUCCCAGCCCUCCUCACCCUCCCCACCGCCGUAACCGCCCGCUCAACACACACCUACCUCUCCUCCAAAACGCGCCUCCUCUCCUCCUACCUCCGCCACAUCACAACCUUUACGCUCUUCUCCGCCUACCUCCUUUCGCCGCGCCGCUUCCGCCACCCCUACCUCCUCUACACCUCCAUCUUCGCAUUCGUCUCAGGCCCUGGUGUUGACUACGCGGUUGCGUUCCGAGAAGGCAAGAACGAGCAGAGAGCCCUGCUAGAUCUCGAGGCGCAGGGAGAUGAUGUCAACGGCGAGGAGGUGCGGCAUGCGGUGGAGAGGAUGAAGGUUACGGAGGCGUGGAGAGCGGGGAUCUCGGGGGUGGCGUUUGCAAUGGGUGUGGUGGGCAUUUGGGGAGAUGGUGCGUAG